AUGGUUUGUGAUUCAAAAAGCAAUAACAGUUCUAAUUUCUCACUUUUCAGCCGCAGAACGAACAUAUUGAACUUCACAGGAAGCGCCAUGGUCGACGUCUUGAUUAUGAAGAACGAUUGUGAGUUAUAUGCUUUCUCUUUAGUUUUGAUAAUUUUUAUGAGAAAGAGAACUUUGCUUCAGGCAUUAUUUUUUUUUCUUUUUAAGUAAUUUUUUUUUUUUUCAUUUUCAAACAUGUUUUACGAAAUCGUUAUAAUUGAAAUAUUUGAGGCGCAAAAAGCAAGCAAGAGCCGUUCAUGACCGAUCACAGAUGGCUAAAAAGCUUCGCGGUCAUAAAGCAAAGCUUUAUCAUAAGAAGAGAUAUUCGGAGAAGGUUUCUUUAUUGUUGAGAAGUUCAAUUAAAUGACAAUUUUGAGGUUGAAAUGCGCAAAUUGCUCAAAAAGCACGAGGAAAAAGAACAAAAAAGCACGAUUGAGACGCCGGACCAGGUGCUUUCAAAGUUUUUCGCUGAAUUACAUGUUAAAUUUUUAGGGUGCAGUACCAACGUAUCUCCUCGAUCGUCAGCAGCAAACGAGCGGAUCAGUUCUUUCUAAUAUGAUCAAAGAAAAACGCAAGCAGAAAGCGGUUAGGGAUCUUUUUUUAUGAAGCGUUGAAUAUUGAAUAUUCCUUUAAGGGAAAAUAUCAAGUUCCCAUCCCUCAAGUUCGAGCUGUCAGUGACGCCGAAGCCUUCAAGGUGGUGAAGACAGGAAAGACCAAGAGGAAGGGCUGGAAAAGAAUGGUCACCAAGGUUGGGCAAAACCAAAAACUCCAGGAUAAUUUUCAUUGUUUUAACAGGUCACUUUUGUUGGAGAAUCUUUCACUCGAAAGCCCGCCAAGUUUGAAAGGUUCAUCCGUCCUAUGGGACUGCGUUUCAAUAAGGUACCGUCAUUUCAAUCUCGAUUUUUUUGUUCAUAGAAUUAUUCUGUGUUUAUCUCACGUUAGGAGGAAAUGAUAAAAACCGCAUAGUUGAAAAAAAUUUUUCACACAUAGGCAAAGUCGGGAGAAUGAAAAUAGGCUCCUUUUUGCUGCCUUUUUGAGCAAUUUCAUCGGCCAUUAUGCACCAUUUUUGCCACCUUUUUGCGGCUUUUUUUGAGCCUCUACCUUUUAGCGGCCAUUUUCCAACAUUCCGACUUUGCUCGAGAAUAAGAUCCCGAAAAUAUUUUCUUUACAACUGUAGUGCCUUUUGAGUCAGUUUUUUUUGUAUUCCGUGUUGUAUAUAGUCGAAACCGAGGUAUUUUUAGCGUAAAAUCAUUCGAAAUCAAUCAAGAUUGCUUUCGAGAAAUUUUAUGGCGAAAUAGGAAACUGCAAAAAAAAAAAACGAUAGAUAUUAAAUGAAUUCACUGUACAUUUUGAAGAUUUUAAAGAGAUUAAAGAAUAGACUAUUUGAAGUUUAUUUCUAUCAGUUUUUCGCUCUAAUCGCCUUUUUUUAAAGGCACACGUCACGCAUCCGGAGCUGCAGACGACUUUCUGUCUUCCUAUAGUUGGUGUGAAAAAAAAUCCUUCCAGUCAGAUGUACACAUCGUUGGGAGUUAUCACGAAAGGUACAAUUAUCGAGGUCAAUGUUUCUGAACUCGGUAUGGUGACGCAAGGAGGAAAAGUAUGUUGAAAGUAGAUGUAUUACUUGCUAUAAUACGAUUUGUAGGUCGUCUGGGGAAAGUUUGCGCAGGUGACGAAUAAUCCGGAGAACGACGGAUGUAUUAAUGCUGUGUUGUUAAUAUGA